AUGAGCGCGGAAAGUGAAGCAGAUUGCACAGAGGACAGAAAGAAAGAGAACCGGGGAGAAGAAAUGCAAACUAUAGUUUCCAAUUACGUCGCGCCCAAUCUUAUUGGACAAGCUGACAGAUUGAUCGAUGUCAAUUACUCUAAUGAUUAUUCCUUAGAUUACCAAUAUGUCGAAAAGAAUGACAGCCCAGAAGCUCAAGAAGAGAAGAUAGAAGUCGAUGUCGAUGAUAAAGAAGAUGAAUUAAUAAUAGACGAUGGUGACGUAGACAAAUCAGAAAACGAACAACAAGACAGUAGAGUUAGCGAUUUACAAAAUGAAGUUCAAGAAGAGAGCAGAAGUAGCCAAAGAGAAGAGAGCUACGAACCAUCAUGGCACCCACAUGUGUACGGUAAGCCGCCAAAAAAGCCUACGCCGCACACAAUAGAGUACAUAUUAGGAUUAUCAAAUAAUAAACAACAAACGCCCGAAGAGCAGAGAAAGUCCACUGUCAGUCAGUUGAUGAACGUAAAAAGAAACUUCGAUGGUAAAAAGCAGUUUUAUCGAGAGAAAAGUGUGGAAAUUCAAAGGGAUAUGAACGAACGCAAGUUUGUGAGUGUGCACAAGAACAAACUGCAGGAACAGUUGUUGCAGCGUGGUGUUAGAACUGUUGAAAGUGAAUGUGCAGUGCAAUAUACUUUUAAAGUCGAUGAACCUCUCAAUCUAUCAGUUCCAAAGUCGAAGGAGUCACCAGCUUGGGGCUCCGAUGAAGAUAAAUUGGGCAAAGAUCCUUCAAAAUUAAUCAAAAGGAAAAAGUCUACGGAAGACGUCCGAUCACCGCUCGGAGGUGAAGGAUCUUUGACCAGCGAAGAGGGCGAGGAACCAGGAGCCGGGAGGCGGAAAAAAGCGCGGACAACGUUCACGGGUCGGCAGAUCUUCGAGCUUGAGAAACUGUUCGAAGUGAAAAAGUACCUGUCGUCUGGCGAGAGAGCUGAUAUGGCAAAGCUCCUCAACGUGACGGAGACCCAGACCUCAACCAUCACUCAACAUAUAUACAAGAACUUGCUUUUUAAACGUAACCUCAAAACUUCUAUCCUCAGACGUAUGUUACAGCGUUUAGAGCCAUUCGACAACGCUAAUUACUUAAUGGGUCAUCACCUCAUAAGGCUGCCGCUCGUUUCUCGAAAUCAUCGACGAAAUUAA